AGUGCAAGUCAUUACUUUGCCGACACUUCCUUCAAGUGGUAAUUGUGUUGCUUGUUAUUUUGCUGUCAGUCAAUUUUACAACCAUGAGGUGAUUAAUGGAACAGCAAUGACAUGAACUAUCAAGAAGAUACCUUUCUAUGAUGGGGAUGUAUUCAAGUUAGUUUCAGAUCUGUCCAUUUGGAGAUGUCGACAAGAUACCAGAGUACUGAACAAUCAAUACCAAGAUGAACGGGCCGUCGUUUACCACGAACACGAUCCUACGGGAUCCCUUCCUCAUCAAGCACCUGAACGAGAACCAAUUUCGAGAAAACCUCCACAAAGGCUUUCUACAAUUCACAUUUCUGAUUAAACAGGUCUAUGGUCCGUUUACACCGGAACCUGUUUCAGAAGAGGAAGAGGAGGAAGAAGAACUGCCACCCAAACGCAAACUUAAACGUCUUUCAAAGGCCUGGGUUUCUCAAAGUAACGCGAGCAAGAGAACAUCCAGCAGUAUAUCAUUAAAGGAGAAACACUGGAAGGCGAUGCUACUACUAAAAUACAAAGGUGCUGAUAGUAAGGGGAAGAAGGACAAACUUAAGGAUGCAAAGAACUCGACAAAGGGUGCAAAAGGUCCGGUUAAACUACCAAGUAUCAAGAAAUCAAAACCUGAGGAUGCAGCGGACAAGCAACGCGUUCGAUACGUGUUUCGGUAUUCGGAAUCGUUGGAUCGGUUCAAGCAGCAGAAAUACGAGGAUGUACUGCUCUCAAUGGGUGUCAACCCAAACUCGGUUGAUAUUUCAAAAAUAGACUUUACGGCAAUUGAUGACCCGGCGCUUUUGGAAGUCAAUCUUGAUUGGUGCAGAGUAGGAACUUUCGUUGAGGAUGCUGCGCGCCCCGUGACAUCAUACCAAUCACAGUACGGUGACGUCGCCGAGGCGGAUAAGUUUUCGGUACUUUUCGGACAAUCUCGGGCACCUUCGCGGAAAAGUGUCAUCAGCCUUGUGAGCGAGAGGAGUAACUUGGGUCUAGAGACGCCUGUCAGGCAAGUGGGUUGCGUCCCACGUUUACCACCUAUCGGAGAGAAGUAAUAUUUCUGCCUGAAGGGACGUUAUCCGCCGAGCAAAAUCUUUCUGAAAGUCCAUAUCAUUUUUAGGGCUCUGGUCUAAUAGCCCCUCUAACUGUUCACGCCAUCUGAGGACUAUUCUCAUGAACAUAUCAGGCGGCGAUGUGUGUAAGUGAAAUAUUAUGUCUCAAUCAUAAAAAAACUCCUUGAAUAUUUUGACAAUCGUGUCGUGCUAGCUAGUUAUUAAUUUUCGCCACGUCCGUGCCCGCACCUGAGACCUUUUUCGUGCAUGUUAUUUGUAGAGCACAGUUUAUCUGCACCAUUUUUUGGAGUAUUUGUUAUGAAAUAGA